AUGACAAACGCCAAGCCAAACACCUGGGUUGUUGACUUGGGAUCAUCAUCCCAUGUUGCAAAGUGGGAGGAGAUGUUCGCCGAAUACUCGCCAGGCGAGCGCACAAUUGAAAUGGCCAAGAAGGGCCACACAAUGUGCACCGCCAGCACAGGCUCCAUCACCAUUUCGACUGGGCAAGCCGGCAAGCAGGUAGACUCGGUGUGGCUGCGUAAUAUGCUGCACACGCCCGACGCGACAGAGAAUCUACUUAGCAUGAGCAAGCUCGACCGUGCCGGGGGAUCAGCUGUUUCCGGAGGGGGCAAAGUCGUCCUGCUGAACAAGGACCACAAAUGA